CUCUCGGCCGSGUCUCCUCCCUGCAGUCUCUCUCUGUGGGCGAACUGCGUGCUGCUGCGUCAUCGCCAGUGGCCGGUUUGAAUGAGACUCGUCGCACCCGAGCCGCCACCACCGUGCUUCCACCUCGGCCGCCUCCACAAGCUUCUUCUGGUCCCUUUCCCUGCGCGGUCUUUGCCAGGACCAGCCUUCCUACGCCACCACCUCCCUGCGCACCCCCGCCAUGCCACUGUACUCCGUUACUGUAAAAUGGGGAAAGGAGAAAUUUGAAGGUGUGGAAUUGAAUACUGAUGAACCUCCAAUGGUGUUCAAAGCUCAGCUUUUUGCACUGACUGGAGUCCAGCCAGCCAGACAGAAAGUUAUGGUGAAAGGAGGAACCUUGAAGGAUGAUGAUUGGGGAAACAUCAAAAUAAAAAAUGGAAUUACUCUACUAAUGAUGGGGUCAGCAGAUGCUCUUCCGGAGGAACCCUCAUCUAAAACUGUCUUCGUAGAAGACAUGACAGAAGAGCAGUUAGCAUCUGCUAUGGAAUUACCAUGUGGGUUGACAAAUCUUGGUAACACUUGUUACAUGAAUGCUACAGUUCAAUGUAUUCGAUCUGUGCCUGAACUCAAAGAUGCCCUUAAGAGGUAUGCAGGUGCCUUGAGAGCUUCAGGGGAAAUGGCUUCAGCACAGUAUAUUACUGCAGCCCUUAGAGAUUUGUUUGAUUCCAUGGAUAAAACUUCUUCUAGUAUUCCACCUAUUAUUCUACUGCAGUUUUUGCACAUGGCUUUCCCACAGUUUGCGGAGAAGGGUGAACAAGGACAAUAUCUUCAACAGGAUGCUAAUGAAUGUUGGAUACAAAUGAUGCGAGUAUUACAACAAAAAUUGGAAGCCAUAGAUGAUGAUUCUGUUAAAGAGUCAGAUUCUUCAUCUGCAUCAGCAGUGACACCUUCUAAAAAGAAAAGUUUAAUUGAUCAGUUCUUCGGUGUUGAAUUUGAAACAACCAUGAAAUGUACAGAAUCUGACGAAGAAGAAGUUACCAAAGGAAAGGAAAAUCAACUUCAGCUUAGCUGUUUUAUCAAUCAGGAAGUCAAGUACCUUUUUACAGGACUUAAAUUGCGGCUUCAGGAAGAAAUCACCAAACAGUCUCCGACAUUGCAAAGAAAUGCUUUAUAUAUCAAAUCUUCCAAGAUCAGCCGGCUACCUGCUUACUUAACUAUUCAGAUGGUUCGAUUUUUUUAUAAAGAGAAAGAAUCUGUGAAUGCCAAAGUUCUUAAGGAUGUUAAAUUUCCUCUUAUGUUGGAUGUAUAUGAACUGUGUACACCAGAACUUCAAGAGAAAAUGAUCUCUUUUCGAUCAAAAUUCAAGGAUCUAGAAGAUAAAAAAGUGAAUCAACAGCCAAAUACAGGUGACAAGAAGAGUAGUCCUCAUAAAGAAGUUAAAUAUGAACCCUUUUCAUUUGCGGAUGAUAUUGGCUCCAAUAAUUGUGGAUACUAUGACUUACAAGCAGUGCUAACGCAUCAGGGAAGGUCUAGUUCUUCAGGUCAUUAUGUGUCAUGGGUGAAAAGGAAACAAGAUGAAUGGAUUAAAUUUGAUGAUGAUAAAGUCAGCAUUGUAACACCAGAAGAUAUCUUGCGGCUUUCUGGUGGUGGAGACUGGCAUAUUGCUUAUGUUUUACUCUACGGGCCUCGCAGAGUUGAAAUAAUGGAAGARGAAAGUGAACAGUAAUCUUCAGUUUAGCUAUUUAUGCCUAGGUGUGAAAUAAAUGUUUUUUGUUGAUCAUUUCUAUAAUCCAGAGCUUUAGCAGAAGACAUUUAGGUGGUUUUAUCUGUUCCCCCUUCAUGUGGAAYAAGAGGGGGCAGAAACAGACCACUUGUGCAUCAACCUAAAAUUACAGAAAAGAAAAUUACCCUUGGAUUGUGCUGCCCUGUGUAAAGGUGGCUGGAAGACAUUCUUUAAAAGUUAUUUCUUGCAUUAAUUAAAAAAAAAAUUAUUAGUUGAAAUGCCUUUCACCCAUUACCUCCUGCAGUUUUUCUUCUUGCUCUCUCAGCCCAAGAUUGAACAAUUUAUUGCACACCCAUUACCUAUUCUUUGUUGUUCUUGCAUGGUUCAUAUCGCCAUUCAGUAGCUGCCCAUCCUUUGCCUUAUCUAACAAACAUUUUUCCAGGAAGGUGGAAAAGGAAGUGUUGCUCUCAUUGUGUAACUCAGUGCUGCUGUCCACGUCCCAUGGAAACAUGGGUGCAAUCAAGUAUUGUCCAGCCUGACUGUUGCUGGCUUUUCAUAACUUUAAAAUAAAUUGUGAUCAAUAAUAGUACAUUUGAUUAUACAUUUAUUAUUGUGUCUCUCUCUGAUGUACUAUGGUUUGUACAUUUAACUUUGCAAUGGUUUUGUAGUAAUCAACCUUAAAAAAAAUGUUGACAAGCUCUGGUUGCUUAUUUUUAGAAAAUGAGGAUAUUUAAUAAAAAAAAAAAGGAGGGAUUAACAGCUUUUGACCUCAAGUCUUUUGUCCUUUGAGUAUUGGGAGUUUGGCUGAAGAUUCAAAUGUUUAAUAAUAUAUAAUUUCUGAAAAUGGUUAAUAUUCCUGUGCURUUAAGCAUCCAUUUAAAGUACUUUUCUUGGGCUGAGGAUGUAGCUUAGUGGUAGAACACUUGUCUAGCAUGUGCUACCCCAAACCAAAUAAGACUUUGCCCAUAUUCCCUUUAAAAAGCAAUACAAAGUUAUAAGAGUAAUGGAAUUCUUUGCAUGCUGAAUGCAAUGAUGUUACCAGAUUCAUUCCUUGGCUCAUUGGUAUUUGUUUUUAACUCUCAUUAAUUCCCAAAGUCUUAAUGUCCUUCUUGAAAUUUAACAUUAGUGAUUUUUUAAGUUAAUGGAAGAAAACACCAAGAGUAUGGGGUAUUUGAAGAUCAGUUUCUUAAAUUUUAAUAGUUUAAUUAGUUUCAGGAAUCUUGAUUGACUGCUAAGGAAAUGAUAAAGGAUAGAAUAUGAACAUAAUCGUCUGAUUUUGAGUCAGAUAUUUAUAAUAAAGUUUGAGGAUUAUCAUGAUCUCUCAUUUUUUGCCUAUGUUGUUUUAAUGCUCUGCAGGGCAGAACAUUGGUAACCAUUAAGGUUCCUAGAGCAUAAUGGCCAUUUUUCUCAAAUCUGAGCAAUGUGAUGUAACCUAAUACUAGGGUACAAAAUAAGCAUUUCAGGGAUACUUAUUUGUAGUUUCCUCACCUAACUUCUUGACUAUUGGCAAUCAAUACCUUCUAUUUUGGCUGGGGGAGGGGUGGUGAAGAAUAAGGGUGAGGAUCUUAAGAAUUGUUAUGUUGUAUGAUGCCUGUGACUUUGAAGUUUUUUUUUAAAUUCACUGUCGCAUUUGGUCAGAACAAAUUUGGAAAGAAUAAAUUUAAUGGUUAUAAUUAAAAUUUCUCACCUGUUGGAUACUGAAACUACUAGACCAGGUGAGGUAGAUUUACCUUGUAUAGAUAGUUUUUAAAAUUCUAAUACAUUCUAUGUCCUUGUUAUUAUAAAAAGCUUGAUUGCAUUUUAUUUGAUCUAAAAAAGCAUAAUUCCAAAAGUAUUCUUUAAGUAGGAAUUGAAUUCAUACCAAUGUUGAUUUGUUUUAACUAGUAAGACUAUUUUAGAAUUCUGCCUUGCACAUAAGGGAGAGUGUGGAAAAAAUUAUCUUGUUUCUUGAAUGUGCCUUAUUUUCUAUGCCACUGUAACACGGAGGCCAUUUCACUAUUAGAGCUGUGCUUGAAUAGCUAAUGGAGGCUCAAGUAAUAGCAUUUCCAGGAGUCUGCGCUCAGUAGCCCUUCUUUAGAAUCAACAGUGAUGACCUGAUCUUGGAGCCCUCAAGAGAUGCUUAUGUGGGAAUAGUAAAAACAGAUGUAGUAAAAACAUCUUUAGCCAUUACUACCUAGUGCUUUCACAUACAUCUCAUUUGAACUCACAGUAAUCCUUCAGAUAAUAUAAAGACUUAAGAGGUCAAAUGAUUUUUGUAAGGGCAAAAGAGUAAAGUUUUAGACUUCAUUUAUUUUAAAGUUGGGGGCUUGCAAGCAUUUUCUCUAAUAGGUCAGAUAGUAAAUACUAUAGGCUUUGCAGGCCAGAAGCUGUCUGUUGCAACUACUAUGCUGUUGUAGUGUGACAAGUGCCACAGACACUAGAAGUGAGCAUGGCUGGACACCAAUAAAAUUCCAGUUAUAACGCUUAGUGAGCAGACCAUUGUUUGCUGAUCCUCUGCUUUAAAAUAAAUAUGAUAAAUGAAAAUAAGGAGGGUCUUGAAAUUGUCAUCCUGGGAUUUUAGAAUAACUAAAUUUUAUAACUACUAGCAUGCAGGAAACUAAUUUCACUUCAUUAUAUUUACCCUAACAAAAAAGAGUUUGUGAUCCAGAAUUCUGUCCAUUUUCCCAUCCCUCCCUUCCAUCCUUCCCAUCCUUCCCCUCACUUCAAGCCCUGAGCCAAUGUGUGUGCUAUUGAUAUUGGAGCACCAGCCAACUGUACAACAACUGUUAUAAAAAUGUUUAUUGUUUACCAAAAACAGUGGACCUCUUAUCAAAUGCUGCUUGGUAACAAAAUCUUAUCACA